AUGAAGUGUGCAUUACGAAAUAAAAUAAUUUAUGUUCGAAGUGAAGGCUAUUGUUCAGCGGGAAGAGUACAAGCAAUAUUUCAAGAUUUAACACUUUUGGAAUGCGCUAAUCAAUGCAGUUCCAAAGGAGUAAAUUGCACCUCAUUUGAAUAUGAUACAAUGCAAUUGAAAUGUGUACUGAAGGAGGAUAGUGGAAGUUUGAUGAAUGAUAAUAGUAUGUUACCGUUGAAAACUGUUCAUAAUAUCACAUUAUUUCAGCAACUCUGUCUUCCUGAGGAGGGAAUAUGUCCAUCGCUGUAUACCUUUGAGCAUCUCCCGGGACAUGUUCUGAUGGGAAUUGCCAAUGAGGUAAUGCAAGUUGCAUCCGUGGAAGAAUGUUUAAGCAUGUGCUUAACUGCUAAAAAAAAAAUCGAAAUCGAGUGCAGGUCGGCGAUGUAUUAUUAUGAUACCGGUGAGUGUAUUCUCAAUGAUGUGAAUCGAGCAACAAGUGCAGCUAUGAUAACCAAUGAUACAUUGAAUAUGCGGGUGGAUUAUUUCGAAAAUCGUUGCUUCGAUGUGGAAUGCUUAACUGAUUUCACCGUACAUUGGAUUAAAGUUGGGAAAUUCACAAUCAACGAUAAAUUGGAUUAUGCUAUGAUAAAACAAGAAAACAAAAUUGAUGAUCAAUCAUUUCCAUGCAAAUUGUACGCAUAUAGUGAAGAUGAAAUGACAUGUCAUUUAACCUCAGAAUCUGGUUUAACACAUUCAAUAACACCAAAUGAUAAUCAAAACAUAUCUAAUGAGUUGGAGAAUUAUGAUUAUUACGAAAAAAUUUGUUUAAAAGGUUCAAUGCGAUGUCAAGAGAGCAGUUUUGAACAUGUUUCAAAUCAUGCUUUAUUAAAUAUCAGAAAUAAAGAUGAAUGUGUGUUAAGCAGGAUGACUCAGUAUUCAAACGAUGAACAACUUCGAUACUUUCCGGAAGUGGAUUAUUUCGACAAUGUGUGUGAUUAUAAAAUUGCUAUAAACAUGUCUACGGAAAAUAAAAUAACCGAAACACGGAUAUCAGCAAUGCGUAAACAAUUAAAUGGACUGGAAACGAAAUGUGGUGCAGUUAGCAUUUUAAUAUCUGUAUUAUUUUCUAAACCUACAGUUGGUGCAAUAUUCAUCAAAGAUCAUUUUGCAACAUGCCACUCUGAAUUUAGCAAUACAACGACUGCAACAAUGGAAAUUGCACUGUCCACUCUUCGCCAAGAUAAUCCACCAUGUCCUGGCUAUGAAAUUAAUCCCUCGAGUUGGUCUUUCAUUGUGGUAGUGCAAGAGAAUGGUUUGGGAAUACCGGGAUUAAUGACUGACGAAGAUCGGAUUUUCAACAUUACCUGCGAUUACUCAAACAGUCAAACUACAACUGGUUCGGGUCAAGAUAGAGUGCUUUUACAAGAAGCAUCGCGAGAUUGGUCAUCUAUUCCCGCUUCUAAUGACCACGUGCAAUUAACGGUAUUUCGUGGUGACCAACCGGUAAGUACUGCUGUAAUGGGCGAAGAAUUAGAAAUGAGAUGGACGGUGGUGCAAAAUCACAUGAAUAAUGUUGGAUUGUUUGUAAAUCGAUGUAUCGCAGAACGUUUGGAUGGAGCGCCACCUUUACCACUCCCACUUACGCUUAUUGCCGACGGGCAAGUACUGCUUAAUCAUAUUAGUAUUUCGUUAUAAUGUAUUGAUAGUAAAGUGAGGCGCCUAUUAAUGCAACAUCCGAUUAUACAGUUUGACGGUGGUUUAAGGACUAAAAUUAAAGUUUUUCGGUUUGAUGGAUCACGUCGUGUUCGAAUUCUUUGUUCCGUCGAUAUUUGUAUUGAAGAGUGCUUGCCGGUUACUUGUGAUAAGGAAGUUAGUGGCAGUUUGACAAAUUCUGAUAAGAAGAAGCGAGAAAUUUUUACUUCACAGACUCAACAAACCGCAACACAACGAGUUAAACGACAGCUCAUUACUGGGACCUUUACGAUCAUUGAAGAAAAUAUUGAUGUAGUAUCUGCUGAUAAUGUAACGAAAAUUAACGAGCAAGCGUUAAAUCAGGAUAGUGAUAGCAGCUGUAAUAUCAUAUCAGCUCCUCAACAUGUUUACUUUGGUGAUGAGGAAUGUUCUGCUGUGGAAUCACCUACCAUACUAUCUAAAAUAAUCAGGCAGAAUUACCUAAAAUAA